UGGCCACUAGAUUCCGACCCGGCAGCCCCCGCUGGCCGUCGUCUUCAGUCACCUCUUAAAUCAUCUCUCAGCCGCCCAUGCUUAUCCAGGCUCGGAGUGGAGCCACCGUUCGUCCCAACGAAGAAGAAAAAAGGACGCGCCCUGCCCCCUCGGCCCUCGCCGCUCACCGCAGUACACUCCGCCCUUGCUCUGAGAACGACCGCCGACUAAUCGCGGCUGGGAUACACGCUAGCGCCCGCGCAGAUUAGGCCCACUUGGCCGCGUCAACGACGGGCACAGUGCCGCCGACAGCGACGCAGCGAAUCGUCGCAAUCUGGCCUUGAUUGAUUUUACGCGGUGGAAUUGCGAUCACGCUGCUCAUCAUUUUUAUAUACUGGUUGGGUAGUCACAGUUCAACAGCUACGGUGAAAGAAGAAAGGUGUGUUCUUUUCUCGGAUUUAACUAUGCUGCAAGUUUACUCUUUGCUUAUUAGGCGUCGUCGACUGCGUGAUCCGGUCACCGGCGUGCGCUAAUCGCUUUGGUGAUGUGGAAGCAAACCAUUCGGCACUCACAUCAGUACUAAUCUUUCCCUCGAAUUGAUCAACUUUUCUUGACUUGUCCGCCCGGAGGAAAAAGCCGGAAAUUUAGUGCGGAGAGGGAGCCUCCACGAACGGAAUCCGCUCCGUAUUUUCCCCAUGGAUUCCUCCUCGCGCUGAGCUGAGCCUGAGCAGCAAGGUCUCCCGCGCGCGCCCGAUCGAUGAGCGCGGCCUCGCCGGCGGCGCGGCGGCGAUGGACCUCCCGUGGCUGGACCUGCCCUUCACCUUCCUCACGCUGCUCCUCGCCACCCGCCUCGCCUACGACUACUACGGCGACGUCGCCGCGGCCUUCGCCGGCGGAUUCUCCAUCCAGGUCUUCCUCUUCUACUGCUUCGCGCGCUGGUACCGCCACGCCAUCGCCGGCCGCGCCGGCGCGGGCGCCGCGGGGGCCCGCGACGACCCGUCGCCGUCGUCGCGGCAGCAGCAGCAAGGGGACGCGGACGCGGACGACGCCCCGCCCGUCCUGACCCCGCUCCUGGGGGCGCCCGACGGCGUGCGCGCGUCGACGCUGGCCAACCGCUGCUUCGCCGUGGUGUUCAUGGUGUUCGUGCCGCUCGUCAUCGUCGUCUUCGAGCGGAGCCAGGCGGACGUCGUCGCCUACGCGCUCUGCCUCGCCAACAUCAUCGUCAUGGUCGUCUGGCUCUCGCCGGACUCCGGGGCCGCCGCCUCCUCCGCCGCCAAGUCGUUCCUCCGCCUCAGCGACGACGAGGACGAAGGCAGCACCGGGGGAAGCGCCGGCGCCGACGACAAGUGCUGCGUCUGCCUCGCCGGCAUGCGGGAGGACCAGGCGCUCCGGGCGCUGCCGCGCUGCGGCCACCGCUUCCACGACAAGUGCAUCGGCAAGUGGCUCAAGGCGCACCCGACGUGCCCCGUCUGCCGGGCCACGGCCGUGCCACCGCUGCAGGACGGCGGCGGCGGCGACCCGCUCGAUGACGACAUUAUUAGCCCUGUCUAGCACGCUAGCUAGCUUCGUCUCAAUGAUUGGUGCAUCUUGUCUAACAAAUUUGUGGUGAUUUGUUGGGGAAAUUUGCUGAACUUGUAUAGUUAUCCAAAUCGUUGUCAAACAUCCAUUGGAAUUGUUAGUAGUGAUGUGUAAAUACACUCGUGUUUGUGCACUUUGGGGAAAAGCAAAGCCUUGUUCUCUUCAUGAAAGGUGCAAUCAUUGAACAGGAGUCUGUUCUGAAAAAAAGA